AUGAACGCCUCCUCCCCUGAGCCUCCAGUCACUAUGUAUCACCAGAGCCCGGGACGUGACCUCAACUCCAGCUGUGAUUGGCCGGCUCCUCACUGUGACUGGACGCCGCCGGGCGACGCGCCGCGCCUCCCCACCUUCUCCACGGCGGCCAAAGCCAGAGUCAUCAUCACCUUCAUCCUGUGCGGCGUGUCGGCCCUCUGCAACGUGGCCGUGCUGUGGGCGGCCAGCUGCCACAAGCGCAAGUCCCACGUGCGCGUGCUGAUGGUCAACCUGACGGCCGCUGACCUCCUGGUGACCUUCAUCGUGAUGCCCGUGGACGCCGUGUGGAACAUCACGGUGCAGUGGCGGGCGGGCGACCUGGCCUGCCGGCUGCUGAUGUUCCUCAAGCUGCAGGCCAUGUACUCCUGCGCCUUCGUCACCGUGGUGAUCAGUCUGGACCGGCAGGCGGCCAUCCUCAACCCGCUGGCCAUCAGCGAGGCCCGCAGGAGGAACAGGGUCAUGCUGACGGUGGCGUGGUGCAUGAGCGCCGUGUUCUCCGUCCCGCAGAUGUUCAUCUUCCAUAACGUGACCAUCACCUACCCGGAGAACUUCACCCAGUGCACCACCAGGGGGAGCUUUGUGACUCACUGGCAGGAAACCGCCUACAACAUGUUCACCUUCUCCUGCCUCUUCCUGCUGCCUCUGGUCAUCAUGAUCGUCUGCUACAGCAGGAUCUUCAUCCAGAUCUCCAGGAAGAUGACGAGGGAGAGCCUGUCGUCCAGUGAGGUCCAUUUACGAUGCUCCAAGAACAACAUCCCCAAGGCGCGAAUGAGAACUCUGAAGAUGAGCGUCGUCAUCGUCAUCUGCUUCAUCGUCUGCUGGACUCCCUACUACCUGCUGGGUCUGUGGUACUGGUUCUUCCCGGACGACCUGGAGGGGAAGGUCUCCCACUCGCUCACCCACAUGCUCUUCAUCUUCGGGCUCUUCAGCGCCUGCCUGGACCCCAUCAUCUACGGCCUCUUUACCAUCCGCUUCCAGAGGGGGCUGACGAGGUACUGCCACAACGCCGCUGUGAUGUCAGACCUGGCCGUGAUGGGAUCGUUCAAAUGUUCUGCCACCGCUCUGCCUGCUAAGAGACACGCGGCCGCCGUUAGCACGGGCGGAGACGGGAAAUCCUCCAGCAGCAGCGGUGUGACGGACUUCAGCGAGGCGGGAAGGGAAACUUCACUUCACUUCAGUGUUGAGAGUUCAAUAUGA